AUGGGAAGUAGGGGGAGGGGGGCCCAACUCCGGGCGUGGAGUUGGAGGUAGCAGCCCCAGCGCCUGGAACGGGAUAUAGCGGUGAUUACAGCUCCGUGCCUGCCUCCCGUACUAGACAGGAAGACAAGCUCUUUGGGGCUACCAAAAGGAAGCAGCAAUGCCUGUUGUGUGGCCAACCCUUUUGGAUCUCAGCAGGGAUGAGUGCAAAAGGAUUCUUCGAAAAUUGGAAUUGGAGGCAUAUGCUGGAGUUAUCAGUGCACUUCGGGCACAGGGGGAUCUCACCAAGGAAAAGAAAGAUCUUCUUGGAGAACUCUCAAAAGUUCUUAGCAUCUCAACAGAACGCCACCGUGCUGAAGUUCGGAGAGCAGUAAACGAUGAACGGUUAACAACAAUUGCACAUAAAAUGAAUUUAUCCUUAUAUUUGGGUGAAAGACCAAGUUACAGUAUGUCUGGACCUAAUAGCUCUUCAGAAUGGUCCAUUGAAGGUCGUCGAUUGGUACCGCUGAUGCCCCGGCUGGUUCCCCAAACCGCCUUCACUGUAACAGCUAACGCUGUUGCCAAUGCAGCUGUGCAGCACAAUGCAUCUCUUCCAGUGCCUGCGGAAACAGGAAGCAAGGAAGUAGUGGUUUGCUAUUCCUACACAAGUACCACGUCAACCCCAACCUCUACCCCUGUUCCAAGUGGCAGCGUAGCAACGGUUAAGUCUCCAAGACCUGCCAGUCCUGCCUCCAAUGUAGUUGUCUUGCCAAGUGGAAGUACUGUUUAUGUCAAAAGUGUUAGCUGCUCAGAUGAAGAUGAAAAACCCAGAAAACGAAGGCGAACAAACUCGUCUAGCUCCUCCCCUGUUGUCCUAAAGGAAGUUCCAAAGGCCGUUGUUCCGGUCUCAAAGACGAUCACUGUGCCUGUGAGUGGCAGUCCCAAGAUGAGCAACAUCAUGCAGAGCAUUGCCAACUCCUUACCACCCCACAUGUCUCCUGUGAAAAUAACCUUCACCAAACCAUCAACACAGACGACAAACACAACAACACAGAAGGUUAUUAUAGUGACCACAUCACCAAGUUCAACCUUCGUGCCCAACAUUCUCUCCAAAUCCCAUAACUAUGCAGCAGUCACUAAGCUUGUACCAACAUCAGUCAUUGCUUCCACAACCCAGAAGCCACCAGUGGUUAUAACUGCUUCACAGUCCUCUCUGGUCAGUAGUAGCAGCAGUGGCAGCAGCAGUUCUACACCAUCACCUAUUCCUAAUACAGUUGCAGUAACAGCUGUGGUAUCUUCCACACCGUCUGUGGUCAUGUCAACAGUAGCACAAGGUGUAUCUACAUCAGCAAUCAAAAUGGCAUCAACCAGACUUCCUUCCCCCAAAAGCUUAGUGGGUGCCCCAACUCAGAUUCUUGCACAGUUUCCCAAACAGCAUCAGCAGUCUCCUAAGCAGCAGUUACAUCCAGUGCAGCAACAGACACAGCAACAGGUGGCCCAGCCUUCUGCAGUAUCUCAUCAGCAACAGCCCCAGCAGUCUCCUUUGCCACCUGGUAUCAAGCCUACCAUUCAAAUCAAGCAGGAGUCAGGUGUUAAAAUCAUCACACAACAAGUUCAACCAAGUAAAAUUUUACCCAAACCAGUAACAGCAACCCUGCCCACCAGUAGCAAUUCCCCUAUUAUGGUGGUUAGCAGUAAUGGUGCAAUUAUGACAACUAAACUGGUAACCACUCCUACUGGCACACAGGCAACCUAUACCCGGCCAACAGUGAGCCCAUCCAUAGGUCGGAUGGCUGCAACCCCUGGAGCUGCAACCUAUGUGAAAACUACCAGUGGUAGCAUCAUUACAGUAGUACCCAAAGCAUUAGCUACCUUGGGGGGCAAGAUAAUUAGCAGUAAUAUAGUUUCUGGAACGACUACCAAAAUCACUACAAUCCCAAUGACUUCCAAGCCCAAUGUGAUUGUUGUGCAAAAGACUACAGGAAAAGGAACGACCAUUCAAGGCCUCCCGGGCAAAAACGUUGUCACAACAUUGCUAAAUGCUGGAGGAGAAAAGACUAUUCAGACGGUGCCAGCAGGAGCAAAGCCAGCUAUUAUCACGGCUACAAGACCUAUCACCAAAAUGAUUGUAACUCAGCCAAAAGGAAUAGGUUCCACAGUACAACCAGCAGCUAAAAUCAUCCCAACAAAAAUUGUUUAUGGGCAGCAAGGGAAAACACAGGUUCUUAUUAAACCCAAACCAGUGACGUUUCAAGCCACAGUUGUUAGUGAGCAAACAAGGCAGCUGGUCACAGAAACAUUACAGCAAGCAUCCAGGGUGGCAGAGGCUGGUAAUUCAUCUAUUCAGGAGGGAAAAGAAGAACCACAGAGUUAUACAGAUAGUAGUUCCUCUUCCACAGAGUCCUCCCAAAGUUCCCAAGAUUCCCAGCCUGUAGUUCAUGUAAUUGCUUCCCGGCGUCAGGAUUGGUCAGAACAUGAGAUUGCAAUGGAGACUAGCCCCACCAUAAUUUAUCAGGAUGUAUCCAGUGAAUCACAAUCAGCUACUUCAACAAUCAAAGCUCUGUUAGAACUCCAACAGACAACAGUAAAGGAAAAAUUGGAAUCUAAACCAAGACAACCCACUAUUGACUUGAGUCAAAUGGCAGUACCUAUUCAGAUGACCCAGGAAAAGAGACAUUCUCCUGAGAGUCCAUCAAUUGCUGUGGUAGAGUCAGAACUAGUUGCUGAAUACAUCACUACUGAACGCACUGAUGAGGGGACAGAGGUUGCUUUUCCCCUUCUAGUCAGCCAUCGCUCCCAGCCCCAACAGCCCUCCCAGCCCCAGCGGACCCUGCUCCAGCAUGUGGCUCAGUCACAGACCGCAACACAGACUUCGGUGGUGGUGAAGUCCAUCCCGGCAUCUUCCCCUGGAGCAAUCACCCACAUUAUGCAGCAGGCGUUAAGCAGUCACACUGCUUUUACCAAACACAGCGAGGAACUUGGAACUGAGGAGGGCGAGGUUGAAGAGAUGGACACUUUAGACCCUCAGACAGGUCUGUUUUACCGAUCUGCCCUGACUCAGUCACAGUCAGCUAAACAGCAGAAACUUAGCCAGCCCCAGCUGGAACAGACUCAGCUGCAAGUGAAAACUCUGCAGUGCUUCCAGACUAAACAGAAGCAGACCAUCCACCUGCAGGCAGACCAGCUUCAGCACAAACUCCCGCAGAUGCCCCAGCUUUCCAUCAGGCAUCAAAAACUCACCCCUCUCCAGCAAGAACAAGCACAGCCCAAGCCAGAUGUACAGCACACACAGCAUCCCAUGGUGGCCAAAGACAGGCAACUUCCUACCUUAAUGGCACAGCCCCCGCAAACUGUAGUACAGGUGCUUGCAGUGAAAACCACGCAGCAGCUCCCUAAACUGCAGCAGGCUCCGAACCAACCAAAAAUCUACGUGCAACCCCAAACCCCCCAGAGCCAAAUGCCACUCCCAGCCUCGUCUGAGAAACAGCCGGCAAGCCAGGUGGAGCAGCCAAUUAUAACCCAAGGAUCCUCUGUUACAAAGAUAACUUUUGAGGGGCGCCAGCCUCCUACAGUUACAAAGAUAACUGGUGGCAGUUCUGUGCCUAAGCUGACAUCACCAGUUACAAGCAUAUCUCCCAUUCAGGCCUCUGAGAAGACAGCAAUGUCAGACAUUUUGAAAAUGUCUUUGAUGGAAGCUCAGAUUGAUACAAAUGUAGAGCAUAUGGUAGUGGAUCCCCCAAAGAAGGCUCUUGCCACUAGUAUGCUCGCUGGUGACGCAGGAUCAUUACCCUCCACCCACGUGGUGGUGGCAGGGAUGGCGAAUUCCACUCCCCAGCAACAGAAAUGUAGAGAGUCCUGUUCAAGUCCAUCUGCUGUUGGCCCUCCCUUAACGACAAGGAAAAUCGAUGCGCCAGGAGUGCCUACAACAGGCCAGUUCAUGCGUAUUCAGAAUAUAGGCCAAAAGAAAGCUGAAGAGAGCCCAGCAGAAAUUAUCAUCCAGGCCAUUCCCCAGUAUGCUAUUCCUUGUCACUCCAGCUCCAACGUGGUAGUAGAGCCCAGCGGGCUCCUUGAGCUGAACAACUUCACCAGUCAGCAGUUGGAUGACGAUGAGACGGCAAUGGAGCAGGACAUAGACAGUAGCACCGAGGAUGGAACUGAGCCCAGCCCCUCUCAGAGUUCUGCUGAACGGUCCUAGUGUUUUGGACACAGGAGUGCACUUUAAAACCUACUUGGUUACCAAGUGUCCAGGGAAGCCCUGUAUUUUGAUGUCUAAAGAGAGCACUUUGCCCAUGCUCAGGCUGCGGACCCUGAAACAGCAGUGUUUCAACAAGAAUUGCUGCUGGAGCAGCAUUUUAAAACAAGAUAAAACUCACAGGGGAAUGUACUUUUUUAAAAAGGAAAAAAAAAAAAAAAGAUGCACAUCUACAGUGACAUAAGACCUGAUGUUCUUUCUCUGUUGGACCAUGGCUGAUGGAAAAGUUUGUCUUGCAGUGGAAAGAAACUUUUCCUGUGAAUGUUCCUCAACUGGCUUCUACUGAGCAAAACACCAUCAAAAAAGGAGAAUGUGAAUAGUUUGUAUUUUGAAACAGUGUGUCAGGAACAGUUUUUUAAAAAAUCUUGUAUGUUUUUGCAAAUCCCUGCAAGUGUUGAAUUGGUUAACAUUUUACAUUUGCUUGAUUCAUAGUUUAUAAAAUAACUAGAAAAAUACUGGCAUUAAAGAAUCGUUGUUGGAUGGUGGAAAUCAGAUCCCUAACCAGUGGAAAGUGCUUUCUGGGUGGCUUGUACAUUCUCACCAAUUGUAUGCUAAUUUAUUGUGUUGUUGUUCCUUUGUGCUAUAGGCAGCACACUUGCCUUCUAUUUAUUUAAAUGUAAACAUUUCAAAGUCGGCCAUAUUCCUUCUGACAAAUUUCCUGUAAACGAGGAUUGCCUACCCUUUCCACCUCCCACCCUCUCCUCCCCGCCUUUAAGAAAACUUAUGAGAAAAUGUUUCAUUGUGAAGCAGAGGAAAAGAAACGUUUUCUGGUCCAAAGGAAAUGUUCAGUUAUGUUCAGGAAAAGAAAUUAUUCAUAUGAUGCUAUCUUAACAUUGAAAUUGCACAUUCAUGUUGGAUUGAGACUUUGAAAAUAACUUUUACAUACUUUUGUUUAACCCCCUUUGAAAUGUAUAAAAAGUUCAUUUACAGUUCUAAAUGUAAUGUUUUUAAGCAUUCUGCCUUUUUAGGACACAGUUUGUUUAAGCAAUAUGUUUGGGUCUUGUGGUCACUGUCUGUCACAAGUAGAGUGAGGGGUGAGAGGGUGGGAGGGUAAGAGUCAAUGUUGACAAGUUGUGGCAAAGGAAAUUAUACUUUUCAUUUUUUAAAAAAUGUAAAUAGAAAAGUUUUUAACGGUUUUAUAUAGAUUUCACUAUAAAUAAGCAUUUUAAGACUGACAAAUGUUGAACUGUACAUACAUAUAUCAGCAUAACUGCCCAAUUUUUUGGUGCUGAAGUACUGUAAGUAGAAUUCAUCAACAGUCUCCUAAUUUUUGCAUCUAUAUCUGGAAAAAAAAAACUGUGAUACUGUAGUUAAUAAAUCCCCACUAGAGUGACACUGAAGAUUUAAACACAAGCAUUCAUAGGUGCACUGAUCUCUGGUAGUUGUGAUUAUUUCUACUGGGUGAAAAUUACUUACCCAUAGAUGGAGCUGUUGGAUGUUAUUUUAUUGUACAAAUUCAUGUUUAAAAGACUUCGUGACUGUUUCUAGUUAAGUAAUUUUUUAACCUCUUGGGUCAUAGACUUCUUUGAAAAUCUAAUUACACUAUGAACUCUCUUACCAAAAAGAUACACAUGCCAGUAUACAUGUUAGAUUUUGCAUACAAUUUUAAGGGUUCAUGGGCCCCUAAACCUAUCCAUGUAUUCCAGGUUAAGCCCUCUGUUAUGGUCAAUCCAUUACUUACAGAUGUAAGUUUUUAUAAAAUAAAAUAUCUUUUAAAUAUUCGUGGAUCAGGUAACAAGAGCAAACUUGAAUAAAGUUAUUAUGUUCUACAUAUUCUGGCAGUGUAGCAUACCUGUGUCCCAUUGAGAAUUUAGCCUUAAUAUGUUUCAGCAACCAGAAUGGCAAAUGAAACUUCCGAAGUCUACAUUUUUUAAAAUUAAUGUAUAUAUAACAAAUUAUCAAAUGAAGGAUUUAAAUUUCUUUUUCUUUAAAGGUGUUAAUUUCAAGGAGAUCAUGAAUUUUCUAAUCUAUUCAACAAAUAUUAAUUAAGCAUCUUGUAUGUGCCAGGAACUACUCUAAGCGCCAGGGAUACUAUAGUGAAUAAACAAAAUCCUACACUUAGGGAGUUUACAAACUGGGCUUCCUGCUGAUGAAAUGGAUGCAAAGGCUGAAGGAAGGAGGAAAUGAGUGACUCUUAGGUUUCUUGAUUAAGUGGUUGGAUGGUGAUGCUGUGUGGAUCUCCAGCCAUCCUUUUACUGACUUAGCAUUGGAUCUAUUAGUAUUUCCUUUAUUUAAGUCCAUAGAUUAAAUGUAAUUUUAAGUCAUCCCUGUGAAACAUAUUCAGAGAUUUUGAUGCAAAUGCUACAAAAUUAUUAGAAUCCUAACAACUUAUAGGCAGUGAUAAGAAAAAUCCAUUUGGUUUAAAGUAAACUUUGAUAAAUGCUUAAUAUUGCAGAUGCAGUUGAUGGUGAACUUAGAGAACUUUUUUUUAAAAAAACAGCUUUUAAUUCACAUGUGAUUAAUUCACAUGCUGUACAAUUCACCCAUUUAAAGUGUGCAGUUCAGUGGUUUUUAGUAAAUUCACAGAGUUGGGCAACCAUCACUGCAAUAAAUUUUAGAACAUUUGUGUAACCCCCCAAAAAACCCUGUACCACUUAGCCAUCACCCCUGAACCCCACCCCCCCAGCACCUCAACCCUAGGCAACCACUAAACUACUUUCUGUCUCUAUGGGUUUGCCUAUUCUGGACAUUUCAUAUAAAUGAAAUCAUACAAUAUGUGGUCUUUUGUGACUGGCUUCUUUUGCUUAGCAUAGUAUUUUCAAGGUUCAUCCAUGUUGUAGCAUGUAUCAGUGCUCCAUUCCUUUUUAUGGCU